AGGAACCGGUCAUUCAGAGCGAUUGAGUCACAAAGCCUGAGAGGGUUUAAGGAGCGCGGGGCGGGGACGUCCCCACCCCAAGGCCGAGUGACGCCCGCAGUCACUUCACAAGGCAGAAAUUGUUACCCGGGCAAUAAAAGUCAUCGCGGCUCUAGGACCUUGGGAGUGGGCACAUGGGGGCACGGGGGUGCAGGUGCCAAGCACCAUGGGUUAGGCCCGAGAUCGGAGUCCGGCCGCCCCCCGACAGCAGCCGCCUCCUGCUCCCCGCGCGCCCCGGGCGCCACCAUGUCGGGCGACAAGCUCCUGAGCGAACUUGGCUAUAAGCUGGGCCGCACGAUAGGUGAGGGCAGCUACUCCAAGGUGAAGGUAGCCACCUCCAAGAAAUAUAAAGGGACGGUGGCCAUCAAGGUGGUGGACCGUCGGCGAGCGCCUCCGGACUUCGUCAACAAGUUCCUGCCUCGAGAGCUGUCCAUCCUGCGGGGAGUACGGCACCCGCACAUCGUGCACGUCUUCGAGUUCAUCGAAGUGUGCAACGGGAAGCUGUACAUCGUGAUGGAAGCAGCAGCCACCGACUUACUGCAGGCAGUGCAGCGAAACGGGCGCAUCCCGGGGUCACAGGCGCGCGAACUCUUCUCUCAGAUCGCGGGUGCCGUGCGCUACCUGCACGACCACCACCUGGUGCACCGCGACCUCAAAUGCGAAAACGUGCUCCUGAGCCCUGACGAGCGCCGCGUCAAGCUCACAGAUUUCGGCUUCGGCCGCCAGGCGCACGGCUAUCCAGACCUGAGCACCACCUACUGCGGUUCGGCCGCCUAUGCGUCACCUGAGGUGCUCCUGGGCAUCCCCUACGACCCCAAGAAAUACGACGUAUGGAGCCUGGGCGUUGUGCUCUACGUCAUGGUCACCGGGUGCAUGCCCUUCGAUGACUCGGACAUUGCUGGCCUGCCCCGGCGCCAGAAGCGCGGCGUGCUCUACCCCGACGGCCUCGAACUGUCGGAACGCUGCAAAUCCUUGAUCGCCGAGCUGCUACAGUUCAGCCCAUCCGCCCGGCCCUCGGCUGGUCAGGUGGCGCGCAAUGGCUGGCUGCGGGCCGGGGACUCCGGCUAGGAGCCGGGGUUCUCGCUGUUCCCGCCGCACCAGGCCCUGAGCCAGGGCGGCGCACGCGCGACCGGCGAGCUUCGGGAAACCCGCGAAGUCGCCGCGCGCCACUGCGCGCGCGCCCUGUCCCUUCCCCUCCCACCACGGCGGCGGCCCACAGAGGCCCGCUGUUGGAUUCUGGUUCCUCCUGCACAACCCAAUUGCUGGAGGGCUCAUGCGCACCCUCGAUUUCUGGCGAGGAGGCCCCGAGAGGGGCGCGAAGAGAAGAGAGAGAAGCAUUGCGCCUGCGCGGAAUGAGCUCCUGCUGUGCGGUGGGUGGCAGUGGAGCGGAGAAGCUGCGGGUCGGCGGUGCACUCCAAGUGCCAGGUUGGAACCUGCAAUAAAUUCGCUUUUCCUCGCAA